AUGGCCAAUUCAUUACCUGUAGUAGCCCAGGAAGAUUUGGAUAGCUUUAACUUGACCAGGACAAGCUCAGGCUUUGCACUCAAAGCCUUUCAUAUUUCUUGGAACACUGACAUCUCUGUGAAGCUGCUAACCAGCCAGAACACUACAGAGAGGGAGUGGAAGUUGCUGCUUCAGGAUAUAACAAAUGUCAGACACUGUGAGUCUGCCCAUCUCCUGCCUUUCCUUGGCAUUUACCAGUGCCAUGGGCUUCUGGGGAUAGUGACUGAAUGGAUGAACAACGGAUCCCUCCACUCCCUCAUCCAUGAGCAUCAGCUGUACCCAGAACUUCCAUUUCCCUUACUCAUAAGGAUCCUCUCAGAUGUGACUGAAGGGCUUCAUCACCUUCACAGCCUUGAACCUGCUUUCUGCCACAGCAACCUGAAACCUUCUAAUGUGCUUUUAGAUCUGCAGUACAGAGCCAAGAUAUCAGAUUAUGGCCUAACCAACUGGAAGAAACAGAAACUGAGGUCAGACCUGCAGAACUGCAAUCAGAGAAACUACCAGGACUUAGUGUACCUCUCUCCUGAAAUCCUUGAAGGAGGCCUUCCUUCCCAGGAAGGUGAUAUUUACAGUUUUGGAAUACUGUGUUGGGAGAGCCUAAACAGACAGAAACCUUUCGAAGGUCAGACAACACUGCUGGAAGCAUUGACAGGAUUCUGCAGCAGUUUGCAGCCUGAUAUUUCAGACAAUUUAAUACCAAAGGAUCUGCCCCAGAGGAACAGACUGCGGCACCUCAUUGCCCUGUGCUGGCAUCAAGAACCAGGUUACAGACCACGGGCUGCAGAAUGUGUAGACCUUCUAAAUGGAGUUUUGACUAGUAUAAAUAAGGAGGCAAUUUCCACUGCAAUCUACAACCUGAUGGAUGCAAAGGAAACAGCACUUAAUGCAUGCAAAGGUUCAGAAAUAUACAGAUUGCAGACAGGCAUAAGCAAUUCAGAGGUCACCUGUCCACAAAAAAACAACCACUUAAUCAGCAAGAAAAUUUCUUUUGCAAUGCCAAACUUGUCAACUAUUCUACUUGAUAGCAGUGCAAAUAAUGCAGGAAGAGAAAAUAUCCUUGAGAGGGGUCUGUCAAAUACUAUCCCACAGAAUGCAACAACAAAGAAAGAUCACCCAGGCUCUGACAGCAGAAAAGCAAAUUCCUUUUGCACAAUUUCUACAUUGGGUUCAACUACAGCCAAAGAAAGCAGUCAGCAUAAGGACCCACCACUGACUCCAAAGCACAGACCCCAAACUCUGUGUCCUCAACAAUCAGUGACAGAUCCUUGCUGUAAAGGAGACUGGUGUCAAAUACUAGCCUGCCAGAGACAGACCAUACUGGGCUGCAUGACAGAAGGACGCCUCAACCACAUCCUUGAUGUCCUUCGCUCUCACCAAACCUUGUCCCGACUGGAUUAUGAAACAAUCACCUCUUACCCCACAGUGACUGGUCGUGCUCGGGCACUGUUGGACACUUGCCUUUGCCUUGGAGAGAGAGCAGCACAGGUUGUAGUGACUGUACUGUCAAUGACCAAACGUGGUGCUCUGGGACGAGGCAGCCACUGCCCAGGCUGUCAUACUAAGGUACACAGGCUGCUGUGA